CUUAUUUUCGGUUCCCGAUAUAUCCCCCCGUACUGCCAAAGGCACUCAUCUCAUGUCAUAUCAUCUCUCCCUCUCCGUCACAUGCACCCAUUCUCCUCGUUGCCCUUAUAUAGAAUGUGACCUGUAGCAAACUUCUACUUCUGCAUGCAAUUCCUUUUUCGGGAAUCAUACUCAAAGAAAUGCAUUAACUCACUCCUUCCAUUUUUGUCCCUGUUUAUGAUUCAAUAUCCCACCUUUUCAUGGCCGCAUCUUGGUAGUUUUUGAGAGGAUCAAGAGAAGGCCAAAAAAAGAGAACAGCUUUGCAAGAUACCCACAUGCAAUUGCUGGUUAUUUUGUUUGUUUGUUUGUUGUUGUUUGCUCUGCCUUCUAUUUGCGCCUGAGAAUUUUGCAGGUGGUUUUGUGGUUGUUUCUGAUGGAUUUUGCUUCAUGCUUGAAGGUUUUAACUCGAAGUAGUGAAUUGAUAGGUGGGUUUUUGGUUCUUGGCUGUUUUCUACCGGCUUUCAAUGUUUUUGUGUUGUUCUUGAUGUUUGGUCUGGGUUUGAAGUUGUUGCAAUUUACCUGGCAGGGCAAGGGUUUGAUUCAGUUUUUGUGUGAGAUUAUAGGGAAAUCAGUGGAUAAAAAUUGUGGGUUUUGUUUUAGAAGGGGUUUUGAUAAAGUAUGUGAUUCAAAGAUGAUGUCUUUCAGUUUUAGUUCAUUGAAAUUGUUGAAGAAUUCAAAAUCAGGAAAUGAGGAUGAUUUUUUGGUAAGCAAAGAGCUUUCAAAACCAAAUGGUGUUGCUGUUGAUGAUGAUGACGAUUCUGAAAGAGAAUGUGAUGAUAAUGAUGAAAGUAAAUUUUGUGUUGAAGAUGAGGUAUUUGAUGUUAUUGCACUUAGGAGAAUGGUCAAAAUUGAGAGGCAUAGAGCAGACAUGGCUUAUGCAGAACUUGAGAAAGAGAGAAUGGCUACUGCAUCAGCAGCUGACGAAGCAAUGGCAAUGAUUUUGCGGCUCCAAAGUGAGAAGAGUUCCAUAGAGAUUGAAGCCAAUCAGGAACGUAGAUUGGCAGAGCAAAAGCAAGAAUAUGAUCAAGAAAUGAUUCAAUCAUUGCAAUGGAUUUUAAUGAAAUAUGAGUCUGAAAUGACUGUACUAGAAGAAAAGCUGAAGCAGCAUAUGGAGAGUGAUGAAGUGGAUCAAUUUCAAGCAUCUUCUGCCAAUUUGAGUUCUGAUUUUGAUUCAGCUACAGAAGAUGGUUUUGAAGAUAUUCAAACAAACUCGGUUGAAGAGGACUUCUCACUUUUGAACUUUCAACUCAUCAAGGAUCCAUGCAUCACCAUGCCUUACUUUGUGUGUGCAUCAGAAGAUUAUGGUUCUCAAGCCAUAAGCCGUAAUAAAUGAGCCGAACCCUGAGCUUGGACUAGGCAGUGACAUGACCAGACCUGACAAAAUGACCGUAUGCCUGUGUAUGUAUGAUGGGGAUAUAUGUAUGAGAUCAGCUUCUUAGAAACCAAAACAUCCACUUUGUCUUCAACUUUCACAAAUCCUCCAUUACUGCACAUCAAGUUUAGAUCAUUUACUCCCAAGCGAUCACUCAGAAUCCACAUUACUUCACUACACACCACGUGUCACGAUCUUUUAUCCCUGUGGAACUUGGAGUUAACAUGAGGCAACUUUCUUAUUAGGAUUUCAAGUUUUCAACUUUAUGAAAUUGUGGUUCAGUCUGCCAUUUUGUUUGUACCUGUAGAAAAGCUUGCUUCUUGAUUGUGUGCAUCACUGGAAGUAGAAUUCGUAUCAGGCUGUUAUUUGUUAAAACCUCGCUUGAAAAAUUUUCAAACACUCAGCAAGUGGAGAAGUGCUUGAUUUUAGUGCUGAGUUGAGAAUUGAGAUGCAUUCCAUCUUUGGUUUCAAAGGCAAAUUUGGGUAACAACCUGACGCUAAUCUGCUUGUGUUCCAAGUUAUGAGAGGUUAUAACGUCAGCUACAGCCUUCCUAAUCACAUGUGAUUCCGUGGAUGAUUCUCUGUGGUGAGAUAAUUGCUAUUAGGAUUGAAGGUGUUAUUGGUAGGAAGAGGACAAGGAGCCAAGGAGGCACCAUAAAGGAAUAGCACAGUUCAAUGAAUUUUUUGGAUUUAUAGAAGUUUGGUGACUACUGACCAAACCUGAAAGGUUUGAUGUUUUGUUUUUCAUCCAUAUCAAACCGAAUCACUUAAGAAAUUAUAUCGUAUAAAUUAAAUCGAACCAAAUGGGAUAAUUAUCUACUGGUCAAAUCAUAUAUU